UUCACAAGCAGCAACUACCAAGAAGGUACACCGCUAAAAGUUUCGUUAGAACGCUACAACAUGGGAACAGAAUGUGCAGACUAUAUUUUCUAUGGUGGAACUAUUAUCACCAUGGAGGAGGAGAAUCCUUCCGCGGAGGCUUUGGCUGUUAAAGGAGCAAUUAUUUUAGCAGUGGGAAAGCGUGAUGAAGUGUUUGCUUUAGCAGGGCAAACGACACAGUUCGUGCAUCUAAACGAUCGGCAGACCCUUUUACCAGGUUUAAUUGAGCCCCAUUCUCACGCUAUUAUGAUGGCAAUCCUAAAAUCGGUAAGUGAGUUUAAAAGUUUCUUCAAUGUUUUUAGUUUUUAGUUUUUAGUUUUUUUUAAAUUACUUCGUGCACCCACACAGAUUUUCAUUAAAGCAAUAUUGUUCACUGUCAGGGGCCGCUCCUGUCAUUGUCGAGCUUUCAAAAUGUUAGCUGAUUUAUCAGCUACCAGUUCCUUUUGGAAAGUGCUCCCGUAUAAGUCAAAAGGUAUGGAAUAUUUUAGGUGAUGAUUUUCUUCGCAAACCCAUUUUUUAGAAUAGAAUUUCCAACCGAAAUGUUUCGAUAAAAAUUAGCUGAAAAAUGUGUGACUUUACGAAAGGAUUUUUUCUCUGCCAUAUAAGGAAGUGCCCCUCCCUUCGGAACGGUGGAACACUUUGAUCACAAUAGAUGGUUUUCACAGUGACGUCAUCAAAUUGUAAAGUCAAAAUAGCGAGGUUUUACGAAUUCUUAUUUACACUAGGUUGAAGAUAAACAAAAAGUUAAUCUUUGUACAAGUUUUCAGUCCCAUAGCAUGUUUCAUUUCGAACAUACAGCAAUUUGAACUUCCGAGUUUUCAGAGUGCGUGACACCAAAAUAGGAAUGCUGUCUCGUUGAAAAAAAAGUCUCUCCUCUUGAUUUUUCAGUAGUAUAACCAUUUCAAGUAUUAGAAGAUAUGUUUAUGCGCACUAGGCUAGUUCUCGAGUGAAAAGAUGGAGCUUUUAUAGAACAAGUGAACUCCAGAUGUUUUUGUUGAUUUUCGGCGGCCAUAUUGGUGCACCAAAACUGUGCACCAAUAUGGCGUCUCCAUACAAAGCUCUACAAAGAUACGUGAAACGUUUCGGCAAAUAACUCAGAAACUGUGGGCCAAAAAGACCUCAGACUUGGACAAAUUGUUUAAAAAUUAGUCUUUUAUAACAUAUCAUUUUCUUGGCUUCUUUCACUGGACGGUUUUCAAUUUAUUUUUUUGUUGCGUGACAGUGAAAACGAUCUAUAUGAUUUAUGGUUGUUUUUACUUUAUGCUUUCAAACUACUUUACGCUUCUGACCAAAGUAUAAUUUAUAGUUGUUUAAUAAUUACCUCACGCUUUGUUGAAUACAAAAUAUUAUUUUCACGUGUGAUUAGAUAACAUAUGAUAUUUCAUUGGUGUUUUCAAUAAAUCUGUUUAAAAAAGAUGUUGAAAGUAAAAACCGUUCUUACAUAAAAAAAAAGUAUUCAACCCGUCGCUUCUUAGUCUCCACUCGAAAAGUUAACGAUCACUGGAAAAACGUCUGCGUUAGCAGUCUGAUUAACAUAGUUUUCACAUAAAAAAAAUCGACUUUUGUUAACCAGUUUUUAUGGUGUAUUUUACAUCUCUACCUUUUUUGUUAUUUAUAAACAAGCGUGGGCAAAAGUGUCGGGAAAAAUUAAAUGGGUGGGUUAAACAGCAGUAACACGUCUCAGUUAUAGGCGGCGGCUUGUUCCAUGCGAGUGCUCCCGGCCUAAUGAGCUUCACGCAAGCAUAGAUUUCUUGCCCGGAUGGUCGAGUGAUUAGUAGGAAAACCUUAAAUACACUCUCAGGUUCCAGAUCCUUGUGCCGUGUUUGAAUGUAAUAAUGAUCGCUUUUUUCCCGAGAAAUAUACAGUGAAAGACCAUAUUUCUAAUACUAAACUAGAAAAAGGCGAUCAUUAUUACAUCCAAACACGGCACAAGGAUCUUUUUUCCCAUUACAAUCUUAUUCUAAGAAAACUUUAAGAAAAAAUGUCCCGAAAAGCGCUCGAAAGUACAAACGAAAUGUGCUCAUGCCCCCCUGGGCAUCCUAUAAUACUCCUUAAAUCGAAUUAAUUCAAUAUGCCGCCGUAUCGGUAAAAAGGACUAUUUAAUUUCACGAUUCCAUAAUAAUUUUUUGUUUUGUAACUUUAAGUGUUCACAUGAUCCAAUGAAAUUGGGCCCUGACUUUCUUACGAUUGGUUUGAACCUUCGCAACAGUUUCAGCUUUAAAUUUAGUUCAUUUAACAUGGCAAACACGGUGGUUGCUUCAAAGAACAAUAAAAUCCCGGGCUUCGAGCUCUGAAGGUACACGUAAAACAUUUAUCCGUUUUCCCUGACAACGGUGACGUUGCAAAUGUCGGGCUCCAUUGAAUAUUUAAUUUUCUAAUUAAAUAUUUAAUGGUUGACAGUUCGCUCAUAUCUCAGCACUUUAGUAGUAGGCUAACAGAUGCAUUUCAUGACAUUGAAAAAUUCGAAAAAACGUUCUGGCUUUGUGAUCUAUUCAUAUUUUAAGACAGGGCAUUUACAGGCAAAUUACAGCAGUUAAAACGGAUUCAAAGUUCUAAAAUAUCUAACAACUGGUUUGCGAAAGAGGAGGUUUGUCAGGAGAAGAUAUACCAAAGGGGUACCUUUUCUGUCAAAAAUGGUAUAUAAAUGCGCGGUAAGGAGUUGGACCACGGGGCGGAGCCUCCCCGUAUAAAACUCUGUUCAGUACCCUGCUGGAGUCAAGUAUGCAUAUUGAUAUUAUCGAAAUAGAUCUAUUCACUCAGUUGCCACCACCUGAAAACGUGGUGAUCACGUUUACGAAUUGACUCGUCUUUGUUAAUGGAACACUCGCAUUCUUCAACACUAUGUUAUUACUUUGCAGAAAGUUGAGGGCAGAGAUUUUUUUGUCAAGGUUGAUGGGUACGACUAUGAUUCCUAUGCAGACGUCAAAACGAAGAUGGAAGGAACAAUCAAAUCACUCGAUCCAAACUCCGUUCCUCUACCCUGGGCCCUGUUCUUUGGUUGGGAUCCUGAGCUCAUUCCAGACUUGCCACGGCUAUCUAAGGAAGUCCUCAAUGAGUUUUCCCCUGAAAUUCCAAUUUGUGUCAUUGGACAAAGCGGUCACGUGGCCUGGGUGAAUCAAAAGGCUUUUGACGUAAGUUAAUUGACUGUUGGGAAUAGUUAAAUCUUGCUUUGUUUUUUAUCACUCGUACCAGAUAGACUAUAUUAAUGAUCUUUUAUAGAAGAUGCUUUAACUGACAGAUUAAAUACUAACGGUCUAAUCGCGGUCAAUGAUUAAUUAUCCACUUGGGCUACACAAUGAUUGCAAACACGUUGUUAGCCCUCUGGCUGCUUGCUUAAAACCAUGGCAUAAACCAUCGACGAUGAAACCGAGCGGCUGUGUAGCCGGUAGAGCUUAUACACUAUUUAUUUAUUUCAUCACUUCCACCAUAUGGUGCGGAACACACAACAGAGCGAGGCUCCAAUUUAAGUGUGUCCUUACAGAUAACCCAUCCAGCCUAGGUAGAGGUUGACUACACCACCGGGGUCUACGUACCCUACUCUUUUCGAACAGUGGUGUAGGUUCUUUUACGUCCCACAAGAACAAAUCUCAUGAAUCUACGGCUUUGUCCAUGAUCUAUGCCAGAGAGAGUAUUGAAAGAGAACACACAUGCAUACAGGCGAAAAUAUCGCCAACAAAAACUAAAGACGAACUUACCAAAUACCAAAACGAUCGAAAAUUAAUGCCCAACUCUUUGUUAAAUUUAAAUUUGUUAAGCCUUGUAGGCAUUUAUCCCUCUGAACAAUCCCUCCAUAUAAUGGGAAUCCAAGAAUGUGGAUUUCGGAUUAAACUUGGAUUCAUUAGUUGGAUUGCAGAUUCCUUAAGCUGCAUCCUGGAUUCCAAAGCCCAGGAUUUUGGAUUCCACAAGCAAAAAUAUCCGGGAUUCCGGAAUCUGUUGCGCGGAAUCCAGAAUCCAAGACCGUCUUGGAUUGCCUGUUUACAUGGGGCGACACAAUGGCAAGAUAUAAUUCAUUUAGACCUGUUUGAAUUCUCACCCCAAGUAAUCGUGGUCCUCGCAGCAGUAUUAACAUUAGUUUUGGCUCCUUUGCUUUGCUCCUUUGCAGGAGCCUAUUACCUAUUGGGCUCCUGUCCUUUCCUAUUGCUCGUUUCAGAUUGCUGGAGUAGAUGAUAAUAUUACAGAUCCUCCAGGGUUUGUAAAAGAUGAAAAUGGUCGCUUGACUGGACAACUGUUUGAGCAGCCUGCUUUGACCAAAAUCCUUGAAAAUGCACCGAAGCCAAACAUUUUUGAAAUGUUUACGGCGGUUGUGGAGCAGCUAAAAGACUAUGCAUCUCGUGGGCUUACCACAGUUACAGAUAUGGCCGUUGUUGGCAUAAAGAGUGACAAUACUGAGACGAUCAAUUGGUUGCUGAAUAUUCUGAACUACUUAACUGAGAGUGAAUACUGUCUGGCGCGACUGGCAUUGUAUCGUGUUGUUCAUGGACCAGAUGACUCAAACUCCAACUCUAAACAAAAUGCAAUGUGUUGUCCCAGUCUUGUGCGUUUUGAUGGCUAUGAGGUAGAAAUUAAUAUUUAACAUCACAGCAAAUACCCAGACUGGCAAAUUUGCCUACAAUUGGUGAUAAAUGAUCAGGGCGCGUGAGCUCCAGGGACAUUAAGGGCCGUGAUGCAUUUAAUCCAUGGAGGCCAAAAGUAUGUGACCAGAGUAGUUGAAAAUAUUUUAUAGCUGUUCCACAUUGCUGAAUUUCCUAGCAGCCGUUAAAUUUCAUUUUAUGAACGAUCACCAUAGUCAGUUACAGGGCCGUUCAAAGCACUUUGUAACCCAAUCUAGCGAAUAAGUGUUGAGGAAACCAAUUUCGUUGCCUGGAGUUUUUGACUGGCUCAUUUUUCCAAGCAAUUUUGAGGGAAGGGUUUGAGAGGGGGAGGGGCGCUUAAAAGAGACUGAGAUUCAUUCAGUUUAGUGAAACACAGGGUUAUUGGCAAAAACGCACGAGAACCAUACCGUAUUGAUGAUAGCUUAAUUAAUUCCUAGACUUUCACUAACAAUGACUGGAAUCGGCAUUGAACGCAUUAUAUCUUAUCACGAGCCUUAACUGACCUUGUAUCACAUAUAACUUAUGAAACACAGCGUUUACAGUAAGAGCGUUUGCAUCGAUCUCGCCAGCACUUCCACGAACCUUCGUUAUUACAAGUCUGUAUACACCGUCACUGGACGAAAAAUUGAAUUUAAUGAUAUUUGCCUUAAAGACAAAUCUAAGACAAAUCUGAUGUCAGAUUUGUCCACCCAUCAAAUGUCCCAAAUGUGAGACAAAUCUGUUAUCACAUUUGUCUUGAGGAAAUGUGAGACAAAUGUGAUUCAAAUAUGCCAUUAUAUUUGCCCUUGUACAAAGAUAUCUUAAAACAAGACAAAUACGAGAAAAAUAACUUUUUGACUUCUCGUUCCACUAAAAUCGCUAUAUGAUUUUCUGAAUUGUUUAGAAACAAGGCUAUUGUUUGUCUCAUUAAUUAAUUUAUUUAUUUAUUUGGUUGUUUUUGGCGCAAUGUGUAACCCUUGUCAAGUACUCGUAGAUGCAUGUAGGUGUAGAUAUGUAGAAAUUGCAAUGAGGGAUUUUCUGGUUAGCUAUUAUUGCGCCUUACUCACACUGGAUCAAUGCUCCGAUCAACUUACCGUACUUUAUAGGCUGAUUAAAACGUUUACAGAGGCUCGUUAUAUCGAGGUUCCACUGUAUUCAAGUCAAGUCAAGUCAAGUCAACUUUAUUUAGGCAGAGUGGCCCUAUCAGCCGUUGCCUGGUAUCAAUAGGGGCCCUUCGUAAAUUACGACUACACGAUAAAAAUUUAAAAUGAAAAAUUCUUUAAGUGAAGUGAAUAAAAGGGAAAUUAAAAAUUACUUUAAGUGAAGUGAAUAAAAAGGAAAUUACCGUCUCUUCAUAAAAAUCACAAUUUGUUUAUAUCCAUGUCUUAAAAAGGAGUCUUUUGAAGUUUUAGCGUAUGCUAGGAAGUUACCUUGCGUUGCAAGUGUGAGGCUCACUAGCCUUUUUUAUUACCAAGAUUGAAAAGUUGGAUUAGAUGUAAAAGGAAAGAAUUCCUCCUCCCUUUGACUCCUUAAAUUUGAUGAGUUGUCAGUGUUUUGAUCAUUAUACUGUGCCACUGAAAAUAUGAAAGUUCAACUCUAGUCAAAAGACCAAAAUUAUUCAGCCAUAUGGCAGAGUCUUAUUUGCACUACCACCCUACACUAUAGGGUCUAAACCACAUCACCAUAUACACCGCUAGACAUAAUGAAAGACCAAGGGACUAGAAAAAAUGUUCUUCGUUAUUUCGGAGUCCCACUGUACAAUCACUGAACUCUUUAUGUCAUGUUUAAGCAAUAACAAAUAUAAGAUAAAUAAGUAAAUAAGUACCGUGACAAUUUUGAAAACUAUAACUUUUUUUAAUAAUAAUAGUCAAUGCGCUGAUUUUAAUAAGAUAAGGUUCUGAUCCAUGAGGCGAGAUAUAAAUCUAUUGCUGUUAAUUUUCCGUACCAAUUUCCCGAUAAAAAGACCUAACUAUAGAAAAAAAAUAAUAAUAAUAAUACAGUGAAACCUCCAUUGAGCGGACACCUUCGGGACCUUCCCAAGCGUCCUCUUAAUAGAGGGUGUCCGCUUAACACGGUUUGUAAAAAUUGCGCAAUGUUUAACUUUCAACGGUUACUCUGUACUGUGAUAAAGUUCCAUGUUGUUAAGGAAGCUAAGGAAGCCGUGCUGUACGUUGUGCAAGACUCUCGGUAUAAUCUACAGUUUAUCGACAGCCAAAUGUUGUAUUGAUUUACUUUUAUUAAUCGACUACAGCACGUUUUUCAAGGACGUAAUCCAGUACUACUAUUGUUAAUUCGGUCCACUGUCCGCUUAAUAGAGGUUAUUAACAAUAAAAAUUAGCCAAAUACAAUUUAUUUUAGUGUCCGCGUCCGCUUAAUAGAAGUGUCCGCUGAAUAGGGGUUCGUUAUAAAGGGAAAUUUAAGACGUAAUUAAAAUUUCGGGACCCGGUUUAGUGUCCGCUGAAUAGAGGGUGUCCGCUUAAUUGGGGGUUCGCUUAAUAGAGGUUUCACUAUAACAAUAAUUAUAGUAAAUAUCAGUAUUACGUGAAAUCCAUUCCAGAAUUUAUGCUUAAGUCCAGAUAAGUGCUGCUGAUAAGUACACCCUAUUCUCUAAUCCGUUCAUCUUGAUCGUCUUUUUGAAUGAACGCGCGCGCGAAUGCGCGAAAAGUACUCGCGUUGUGACGUUAAAGUUACGUCAGCGAUAGAACGCCAAUCAAAUGUCCACAGCUACACGCGCGGUAUGUUUGAUCACCAUUUUGACAGCGUCUUCAGUUCAUUUCGAAAAGUUCUUUGUCAGCUUGGCCCUUAGUUUUUCGUUGUCUUUAGACUCGUAUUUUAUGGUUCAAUCAUGGCUACAAGCAGUCCUGCUGAAGAAAGACAACUUUUCCUGAUGGAAAACAUGAACAGGAGACUAGAUUCUAUUUCAGAGAGCCAGAAGAAACUAAAAGAAGCAAACGCAGCAGUUCAGCAAGAUAACGUAACUCGCAAAACAGGAGCGACUAAAUAACAGCAAACGCGGCUCAAAACUGUCACGCAGAGAAUCUAAAGGAGAAGUUCCAAUAGAUUUAACGGGUAGGUUUACUUUCUUGUUGCUUUGAUGAUAUAAGAAAUGCUUUUGAUCGUCAGAGUUUGUGCUUAUUCUUUGGAGCUGAACUGAUAGCGUGUCUUCAAAGGCGCCGACUUGCCUGCGUUGUAUCAAACAUCACAGGAACCUACAACUUAGCUUAAAGCGCCCAAUUUUUGAGGGACAAUGUUAGUCUUUGAAGUGGGGCAUAUUUAUUUCUUCUUUAAACAAAACGAGAUCGAUGGCCUGGAGAAAGUUGCUGUUGGAAGCACCCAAAUACAUGUAUAUUAUGGAGGAUUAUGGUUAUCUCAAAGCAGGAGUCCUUAUCAGGGUUAUAUGCUUCUGUCUCAAAGCUUAAGUUUAAGCUUAUCUGACAUAGCACUUUAUUUGGUAAAUUUACAACUAUAAUUUUUGUUUUGUUUCCAACAUGCAGAAAGAUGGUUGACAAAAAACAUGACAAGUGGCUCUAAAGUGGAAGAGGAGUAUGUUCACAAAUUUAUGUUUUAUUUUUUUACCUCGUGAGUGUUAAAAUGUUUUUCUAGCCAAAUGGCUGUGCUCAAAGAAAAUUUGAAGGGUCUGAGUCCAUUGCUAUGAAACUGUGAAAUCCACACUGCUCAAGAUAUGGUUCCUAUGAAAAACGUUCUUUUAGGCUGGGUUCAAAUGUCGAAUUUCACUUGAGCCAAACUUAACGCAAGAGUUAAAUGCAUGUGAAGUGCAACGUUUGAAUCAAUUAAAUAAGACUGUUCAAAUUAAAUGCGAUGUUUGCCGUAUCUGCGACUGAAACAGUUGAAGAUUUGACAAAGGUUCAACUUUUGAUUCAAACGUUGCAUUUCACAUGUGCCAACUUAAUGCAUGAAUUUUGGUAAAUUAUUAUUAUAUUACUGGGAAUAUUGACUUUUAACAGAGUUAAAUUCAGCAGAGUUUAGGGAGUUAAAUUCGACGUUUAAAUCAAAUGCCGCAUUUAACUAUUUAAGUAGAGUAAAUUAGGAAUAAAGUUCUGCGCAUGUGAAUUUUGACGUUUGAACUGGGCCUUAGACACUCAGGAUUAAAAGUCAGUUGCCACGGGUGACCUGGAGAGCACAGCCUCAGGUGUUGUUUACCUUAAGAAUCUUAUCCCUCAUGCCAGAGCUAUGGCAAAGCCCAGGUUUGAGGGUGGGAUAUCCGAGAGGCCAGCACCUGAUGGUCCAUCAUGAGCCACAUUCAGGCCACUUCUCAGUCAAGGCUAGUCUGCUACACAGCCGUUUUUAGCGUCGUCACGCAACGCUCCUCCCCACUAACGGCUGCUGAAAACCGAACUACAUUCCUUUCCCGUGAUUAGCCAAUUAUAAUUCAGCUCCCAUUUUCUGGAAAGUGUUCGCGCCACCUUUGCGGUACUGUGACUCCUCCAAUCACAGCUUUGCUUUUAUCGUUGCCCCAUGUGUGAAUGACAGAAUAAUCAAAAUCGUCGCGUGAAAACAAGCAAUUAACUACAGUGUUGUCGUAGUCGAGUCCUAUUCAAAAUUUAGGAGAUAAGCAGCAACAGCAAGCAAGUCGAGCAAAUUGCGAUUCACAACAUGGAUGUGCUCAUAAAGUUGCCAGGUUUAGUUUUGGGAAAUCGCUCCUCGAUAAUUUAUAAGAUUGCUUUUUGACUUAGUACCCUUGAGAGUUUAGUCUUCACAGAACACAAUGAGCACAUCCGGUACGUUAAAUUCUUCACUUCAUAUCAGCACAUAUGCACGUUACAUGAAGAACCAACCGAUCCUGGUAAAAGUUUUCUAGGCCUAUCAAACCUUCUUUUCACUUGGAACUUUCUUGACCGCUUAAAACAAACUUUUUUUGCAAAUUAACCUUUUCGUUGCUUGAAAACACAGAGCAUGACAGAGCCCGUCUAAAUUCAGCGACGAUUGACUGAUUUGUUGAAAACUGAGAAGCGUGCUCGCUUCCUAGCGCCCUGCGGCUCACGUAUUGUCAAAUUUCUUGUACAUGAUUGGUUUGUUCAUUAGUCCACAAACACAAAGGGAAAGGAAUGAAGUUCGGUUUUCAGCAGCCGUUAGUGGGAAGUAGCGUUGCGUGACGACACUAAAAACGGCUGUGUAGCAGACUAAGUCAAGGCCUAGGCCCAGUUGUUCUAAGGCUUAUUAGAACCCACCUGGGGAUAAAUUUUUAAAUAAUUUGGUUUCCUUUUUCAUUCAUUCAAAAACAUUUUCACAGUCAAUGUGCUCUUCUUUUUUAGAGCAUCCAAUCAUCAAAUUGCAGACAAAAAGAACUUUUAAAGUGAAUUUGUUUAUAAGCUUUCCUAUCUCAACUCAAAGUUUGCAUAAACCAGCAUUACACAACCUGGCUUGACCUUGUUUAUAUGAAUUCAUAUGAAUUUAAUGAGAAAGAGAGUGGAGAUAAUAGAAAAGUAUAAUAUGUUAUUAGUAGUAUGAGGCUGCCUUCCACAGAAGAUAAUCAACUGUGGCAAUUUUUGUCUUAAUAGGGUACCGGUAGCUUAAUUUGUCAUAUACAUCCAGGGUGCAACGAAAGUCAGUUUUACAGCCUGCCAUUCUGGCAAGCUGUAGCUACCCCGUACUAGCCCACAAGUCAUUUCAUCUAGCCCCCAAACCCUUUUUGAAGAGCAGGAUUGAUUACAAUCCUUCGGUAAUUUGAAUUUCUCCAAAAAACAGCACUUGCCCAUCAGGCAAGUUAAGAACAAAAAUCACUAGCCCGAUAGCAAAAUCCACUAGCCCCGGGCUAUCGGACACGACUUUCCUUGCAGGCUGACAUCACAUAAAAGUACCAACUUUGCUUUUCAAAGACAAAAGAAAACUUUUCAAUGACUCUUUCGAAGUUGUGAAGCCAAAAGAAAAUCAGGCUUAGGUUUACCUUCUCGUUUAUUUGCAAUAUUCAUUUAAGAAAUCUUUGACCAGAGGAAAAGUUGUGAUAAUCAAAAAGUUGGUUAAUUGAGGUCGAGAUAAUCAAGGUUUAACUGUUGGCUUAAAUGUCCAAAGUCCAUUGUUUGUUUAUAGAUUUUAAUAACAGUACAUGUUAUGGAUUUUCUUAGAGCUUAUAUAAAUGUAACUUGGAUUAUUUGGUUAACUGUGGCAAACAUUGAAGAGUGCAAAUGGUAUAGUCUUUGAUUACUUUGCAAAUUCUCAAGCUAUCAAUAAGAUGCGUGUACAAAAAUAUAUUAUGAUAUGUGAAAUUUUUGCUGUUUACCAAAUUUUAGUCAAGUCUUUGUAGCAUUAUUGAUUAAUGACAAAUGUACAUUAAACCCUCUAGCAGUCACUCCAGAAGUCAGCUAUUUCAUUAGUUUUGUUAUCUUUGGCAAGUAUCAAUAGCCCACCAAACAAACCUUGGCAAUUGUGAGGCAUUUGCUUUUUGUUAUUGGUAUUUCCUAAAGUGCAUUUAGAUAUAUUUUUAAUAUAAGAAAUAAGAAUAUUUUGUCUGGACAGUCAACUCUCUUUAAGAUGGACACCUUUGGGACCAGCACUACUGAUUCGGUAUAUCCGUCUUAUAGAGAUCCAAAUAGAGUGAGUUAUAAAGAGAAACAGGGACCAUCUCAACGUGUCCACUUAACAGAGGUGUUUUUAAUAGCUAUUAUUUAAAAUUACAUACUCUAAUAACAGUGGAACUAAGUGCAAUGAAGGUUGUUAUCUUUCCUGUGGUAAAUAACUAAAGAUACACUUUGUUGGAUGUUGUACCAAUGGUACCUGAAGGGAAAGUUUUAUUUAAUGGUUAAUUUUUACUGGGUAUGUGCUGCUAGCCUCUCAGUAUCCCUAUCCCAUUACUGUAUACCGAUAGUCUACUCUGUGGCCAUAUUAUAGACCCCAUUUCGGUCACUGGAAAAAAAGUGAUUUUUGCAAUCCCAACUUGGUCACUUUUUGUUUAUUUAUCUACCUAAUAAAGUCUUUUGACUUGGUCAUCCUGAAAUGAACUGACACUUGUUAAACUUAAUGUUUUAGUUUUGUUUUACAGUUAAUUGUAAGAUCAGGACAAGCUUUGUGAAAUAAAUGAGAAUUGUCAGUUAAAAUUCUUGAGUCAUUUUUCUUUAAAUAUUGUAAUCACCUUGCACCCUUUACAGUGGAACUCUGAUAUUUAAGAAGUUUCAAGGAACAAAGUGCAAUGAAGAUUGUUACUGUUUUAGCAGUGUCUUCGUUAUAUCAGGGUUUCAGGCAAGGGUUGUGAUAAAUGAGGGGGAAAGGGAUCGAACUGAUGGUCUUUCAACCUGUCCUAGUUGAGUUGAAUGAACUUCUGCAGCAAUAGUCCCUUUUAAAGAAAGGUUGAAAGCUAGUGUUAAGUGCAAAUUGCAAGAAGCAAUAAAGGGGUAGAUGCCAGAGAAGAAAAGAGAGAAGGGUAGUACGUAUGUACUGGCUUGGCACGCUCACUUUACAAUAUAAAAUUUGCUCUAUAUUUGUCCAUACAAAUAUGUUAUUUGACAAAGUUUGAACACAUUUGAACACAUUUGUUUGCAGUUUGGCUCAUUUAUCUGUAUUUGUCACAAAGCAAAUGUUAAAUUUGUCCUACAUUUACACAGCAUUUGUUCACAUUUGUCUUAGAUAGCAAAUGCAUCAUUAUCCUAUUUGUCUUAAAGACAAAUGUCUAAUUUGUGCUUUGCACAAAUGUGAACAAAUAUGACAAAUUUUAUAUUUAGACCACAUUUGUCCCACAUUUAUCUCAUUUCAAAUCUGUUUUUUCAUCCAGUGCGUGUGUACACAUUAUAUUAUGGGAUAAUUUGAACCGGCGAUAUGGACGGAUCAUUAGAAAGAUGAAGGAGGCGGGAAAGGGUGGGAAUAAAUUCACGUGAAUAGAACUUGAUGAGAGGACAUAAAUAAAUAUGUUGAAUUAUAUGAUUCUUAUGUGCACAGUUAGUAGAGGAGACUGGUUAUGAAAGCCAGCAAAUAUCAAAAAUGAAAACAACAAUGCUGCAGUUUAUGUUGGAAGCUCCCUAACCGUGCACACACCUUUUUUUUGUUCCCAAAUUGUGCCUGAAUAAAUUCAAGUGAUGCUUCUAUUGGUCAGUAAGUUCAAAAUGAUAGAAAUGCUAUUGAACGUUGUGCACGGUCAGUUCCAACGCCUUUCAUAAUCAUUCCACUUUAAUAACUAUGCUAUGUGAUAAUGCUAGGAUCCGCGUUCAGCAACUGCGGCUAAGGGGUCUUUCAAGUCGAAUGACAAUGUUUGGAUUGCGGGAGUUAAGAUCAUUGCUGACGGAUCACCCCACUGUGGUACAUCCGCGAUAAGAGUGCCACGAUAUAUGGAGACUAAUGUCACAGAGAUCCUAGGAUUCCCGACUGCUCCAAACUAUGGUACAUUGAACUACAGCGAUGGUGAACUAGAGGAGACGAUUAAGUACUUUCACGAGCGGGAGACUCAGAUCGCUGUGCAUGCUCACGGUGAGGACGCCAUUGAUCAAGUGAUCAAGGCCUAUGAUAAGGUAUGUAAUAGGGCCGGAUGGGUGUGAUUAGCAAACAGAUGUGCCUGGGUGAUAGGCUAACUCAAUCCACAUUAAGUGACAUUUAAUAAAGAGCAGUGAAAUAGCGAGCGAGAAAAAAAAGGCCGAAAGAGUGAAGGGGAGAACCUUAAAGUCACGCACUAACCCGCCCAUUUCCUGAAAAACCGUUCCCGUCCGGUUUUCACGUAUCUUUUCUCGAUCCUUUUUCACUACUAUCUUGGAGCCUGGAAGAGGUUUACUGACUUACGUCACUACUAUCUCGCAAACCUUUAAGGACCUCCGCUUUAAAAUUGCAAAUUGUGAACAGAAUCAAAAGGCUUUUUUUUCUGUAUUCUCUUGUUAGAGAGUUCACUGACAUGAUGUUCAUUUUUGCUUUUAAAACAGGUCUUGUACAACAGUUCUAAUUCGCCUCGCCAUCGAAUGGAGCACCUGGGAUUGGGUACAGUGGAGCAAAUCGAGUACGCAGCGAAACUUAACCUGGCUUUGUCUUUCUUUGUGGCCCAUCUGUACUUCUACGGUACAUCGUACACCAAAAAUAUCUUCGGACCAGAGCGCACAAACCGCUGGACACCCCUUUCGGCGGCAACCAAGGCUGGCCUUCGUUGGAGUAUUCACCAGGAUCACCCAACCUUUCCAGGUCCCCCGCUUCCCUUUGCGAAUAUCAAGACGGCGGUGACUCGCACACAGAGAGAUGACAAAAGCAAGGUGUACGGACCAGAAUACCGCGUUACAAUUCACGAGGCAAUGAAGGCGGUUACCAUUGACGCAGCUUGGCAGCUUCACAAAGAUGAUUGUUUGGGCAGCUUAAAAGAAGGCAAAAAGGCUGAUCUUAUCAUUGUCUCAGACAAUCCAUACAAGGUA